AUGUCUGCUGUGUCAUUCCGCUCUCUCAUCGGCGUCCAGCCCUCCACUGCCUCGACCAGCGACAGCGUCCUCGUCAUCAUCGACGCUCAGAACGAGUAUGCUAAGGGAAAGCUUCGCGUCGCCAACAUAGACACUUCUCGCGUUGCCCUCGCCUCUCUUCUUGAGAAGUACCGUGCCGCCAAGGCCCCUGUUGUCCACGUCGUCCACGCUACUCCUGCUGGAGCUCCCGUCUUCACUCCGGGAACUGAGCUUGCUGAAGAGCUCCCCGAGUUGAAGCCCGUUGAAGGGGAGUCUGUCGUUACGAAGAACUACCCUGGAUCUUUCACCGACACGGAUCUGCAGGACAUUUUGAAAGCCACUGAGCGAAGCAAGAUUGUUUUGACCGGAUACAUGGCUCACGUUUGCGUGUCGACAACUGCUCGUCAAGGUGCUGAGCGGGGUUGGAACGUCCUCAUCGCCGAGGAUGCCGUCGGUGACAGGGAUAUUCCGGGAGUCAAGGCUGAGGAGCUGACAAAGACUGCCCUCCUUGAGAUUGCCGACGCCUUCGGAACCAUCAUUCAGGGCAAGGAUGUUGUGUAA